CAAAUCGUCCGAACCACUUAAAUGGGUUCGGAUGUUUAUUAAAUCAAAUUUGGGGGGCUGCGCGGUGGGUUUCUAUCGGUUUACUUUGUUGUGGACAUGAAUGUUAUGACCCGCGUAUUUUCUCAGUAAUCGCGCAGUAAAUUCAUCGAACGAGUGAAGCUACCGAUAGCUGCUAAAGUGCUAACAUCGUUAGCAUACAACAUUAAAUCCAGCGGGAGUACUGAUUAUCAUCAAUCCAUCAUGGGAGAUCAACCUGUGCAGGCGCCGGUGCAGUCACCAAGUUCUACAAGACUGCCAUUUCGUGACAUCACAAGCACGCCAAGAGUGCCUACUAUACCAAGAGUGCCAGUUACACCUGUAGUCACUUCCACACCAACACUGGAAACUACUCCCACUAAGAAGGUGUUUGUAAACUGUUUUAUUUGUGGCAAGUCAUCAAGUGGGAAGCUGAGGAAUGUGUGCCCUAACUCUGCCCUGCCAACAUCGAGUCCAAUUGUAACUGCUGUGGAAGAAGUGUUUUGCGUUACCUUCAGCUCUCACAAUGUUACUGGUUUAAAGAUAUGUACUAGUUGCAAGAACAAGAUCGACAACAUAGUGACAUUCAAACAAAAGGUUAAAGCAGCAUUAACAAAGCAUACUACAGAUGAAAUAGUAACACCACUGACAAGUACACCAUACAAUUCUGAUGCUGCCAGAAAAGAGAGGUCCCAUCCCAUUACAUUCACACCAUCCAAGCAAGAUGGCAAGAAAACUGUAACCAACUCCAGAAGUCAAUUGGACCUUUCUGUGAUCCCUAUCCAGAGUGAUCAUGCAUAUGCAGAAACCUCAAGUGUUGCCUCCAUGUCAAGAUUGCAAAGUUGUGUCAGGUUGCAGGAAUACGUUGACUCCAUCCCCAUGCCACCUGAAGAGACUGCCCUACUGGGCCGUGCCCUGACAUCUCCACACAUCACCACCAGAGACUUUGCUGGCUUGAUAAAUGACAAAUGCCCAGCUCUUAUUGAAGUCAAUAGAAGCUGCUAUUAUCAACAACGUCACUCAAUAGCAUCACAUCCUCUGCUCCCUCACUGUACAACCAGGCCCUUCCAUACUCAGAACAUUUGCCAAUCCAGAAGACUUAACCAAGAAGGAUAUCAUUGGGGAAGCUUUGAUGGAGUUCAAACGGACAAUGCCAUUCCCAUUCGAUCUGUUCAUGACCCUGGCCAAUCCACCUGACUGUAACAAGCCAUAUGCACACUACACAGUUGCCACGAUGUAUGGCAUGGCAAUGCACAGUAGAAAUGUGCAGCUAUGUGCCAUUCAGAAGAUGAACACUGCUGCUGCAGUCAGGCUGCAUGCCAAUAAUGACCUUCUCCAGAUCCUCAACAAAGUUGGCAUAACCCUAUCAGCAGGAGCAAAACUGAACUUUCUUGAGCAACUAGGACAAAUGGAGUCAGUUGACAUGGAAAAUAAAAGACGCAACACUGGCCCUGUCACGGGUGGUGGCUCGCAGGCAAAGAGAGGUCGAACAGGUGGUGAAUGGGAGGACAGCCCAUCAUUUGAAGAGGAAUUGUCCAUGUUUGACGAGGCAGAAAUGGAGAUCGAGGAUAUGGAUGGGCAGGCAGGACAUGACGUUAUCCCUGUAGGUGACUUCUUCUCAACAGACCUUAACCCUCGCUGGCGACGUCCUCAUGCUCCUUUGCUGGACCCAUCUUCUGAUAGUUUGGUGUUUCAACAGAUUGACCUUGACUAUUAUUUAGGAGUGCCAGUGGAUGGGAUGCCUGGCCAGCUACAGGGAACAGUCCCAAUCAUUCGGAUGUUUGGCGUAACAGAGACUGGCAACAGUGUGUGCUGCCAUGUUCAUGGUUUUGCUCCUUACUUUUACGUUCCUGCACCAAGUGGAUUCACGCAGGAUAAUUUGGGCGAGUUUAAAAAAGAAUUGAACGCUACUGUCCUGAAGGAUAUGCGUUCCAACAAAGCCAACAUCUCCGUUACAGUGUUGGCUGUGGAUAUUACCCGCAAAGAGAGCAUGUAUGGCUAUCAUGGAAAACGCAUUCUGGACUUUCUACGAAUAACCAUGGCGACGCCUCGUCUCAUUGCCCCAGCAAAGAGAUUGCUGGAGCAAGGCUUUAAGUUUGGAUCUUUUCCCACCCAUUGUUACCAAUCCUAUGAGGCCAACAUAGAUUUUGAAAUCAGGUUUAUGGUGGACAGCGAUGUAGUGGGAUGUUGUUGGAUCGAGCUUCCCAAAGACAAAUACAGACUGCGUGAAGAAAGGACCACAGCGAACACAGAUUCCCAGUGUCCAGGCAAGGUGUCCUUGUGUCAGUAUGAGGUGGAUGUGGGCUGGACAGAUCUAAUAAGUCACCCUGCAGAGGGAGAGUGGCAACGGAUUGCACCGCUCAGAGUCCUCAGCUUUGACAUUGAAUGUGCUGGAAGAAAAGGGAUCUUUCCUGAAGCAGACAAAGAUCCCGUGAUUCAAAUCGCAUCUAUGGUGCAGCGGCAGGGUGAGACUGAACCCUUCAUUCGCACUGUGUUCACCCUCCAGUCCUGCUCCAGCAUCGUAGGCUCUCAGAUAUUGUGCUUCACACAAGAGAAAAAACUGCUCCAGAGCUGGGCAGAGUUUUUGAGGACAGUGGAUCCAGACAUCAUCACUGGAUAUAACAUCCAAAACUUUGACUUUCCGUACUUACUGAACAGGGCAGCUCAUUUAAAGGUCAAUAUGUUUCCCUACUUGGGUAGAGUCCGAAACAUGAAGUCAGUCCUGCGAGAGUUGAACUUCCAAAGCAAACAAAUGGGCCGCAGAGAGAACAAGAUCAUUAACAUGGAGGGCCGGGUACAGUUUGAUCUCCUGCAGGUGCUGCUCCGGGACUAUAAACUGCGCUCAUAUACACUGAAUGCUGUGAGUUUCCACUUUCUGCAAGAACAGAAGGAGGAUGUGCAGCACUCCAUCAUCACUGAUCUGCAGAAUGGCAACGAGCAAACACGUCGUCGUUUGGCCGUGUACUGUCUCAAAGACGCGUAUCUGCCGCUGCGCCUGCUGCAGAAGCUGAUGUGUGUGAUUAACUACAUGGAGAUGGCCAGAGUGACAGGCGUGCCGCUCACCUACCUGCUGUCAAGAGGCCAGCAGAUCAAAGUCGUGUCCCAGCUGCUCAGACAGGCCAUGAAGCAGGACCUGGUCAUGCCUGUUGUGAAGACAGAAGGAGGAGAAGAUUACACUGGAGCCACUGUUAUUGAGCCAGAGAAAGGGUACUACAAUGUUCCCAUUGCCACACUAGAUUUUUCCUCCUUGUAUCCCUCCAUCAUGAUGGCUCACAAUCUUUGUUACACUACAUUGCUGCAGAAAGGCUCAUUGGAGAAACUGGGUUUGACACCAGAGGACUUCAUUAAGACUCCAACAGGUGAUCAUUUUGUGAAGAGCUCUGUGCGGAAAGGACUUCUGCCUGAGAUACUGGAGAAUCUGCUGUCUGCCAGAAAGAGGGCCAAGGCAGAGCUAAAGAAAGAAACGGACCCUUUUAAGAAGCAGGUGCUGGAUGGCCGACAGCUGGCUCUCAAAAUCAGUGCAAACUCUGUCUAUGGCUUUACGGGGGCUCAGGUGGGAAAGCUACCCUGUUUAGAAAUCUCUCAGAGCGUCACUGGAUUUGGAAGGCAGAUGAUCGAACAAACUAAACAAUUAGUGGAGUCACAGUACACCGUUUCUAACGGUUACCCAGCUGAUGCCAAGGUCAUUUAUGGAGACACGGACUCCGUCAUGGUUAAGCUUGGUGUUGCCACGGUGAGGGAGGCCAUGGAUAUUGGAAAGAAAGCAGCAGAGUGGGUGUCAUCCCAUUUUAUACCACCCAUCAAACUGGAGUUUGAGAAGGUUUACUUCCCGUACCUGCUGAUCAACAAGAAGCGCUAUGCCGGCCUUUACUUCUCCUCAAGUGCUGAUACACAUGACAAGAUGGACUGCAAGGGCAUUGAGACUGUCCGCAGAGACAACUGCCCUCUAGUGGCUAACCUUAUAAACACCUGCCUGCAGAGAAUCCUCAUAGAGAGGGAUCCCCAGGGUGCUGUGGCCCAUGCUAAAGAGGUGAUUUCAGACCUCCUGUGUAACCGUAUCGACAUCAGCCAGCUCGUCAUCACCAAAGAGCUGACCCGCUCUGCUCAGGAGUAUGCCGGCAAACAGGCACAUGUGGAGCUGGCUGAGAGGAUGAGGAAAAGAGAUGCAGGCAGCGCCCCCAACCUGGGAGACAGAGUUCCGUACGUCAUUAUCAAGGCUGCAAAGGGAGUGGCGGCAUACAUGAAGUCUGAGGACCCAAUCUAUGUGCUAGAGAACAACAUUCCCAUUGACACGCAGUACUACCUGGAACAACAGCUGUCUAAGCCCUUGCUGAGAAUAUUUGAGCCCAUCUUGGGAGAGAGCAAAGCAGAAAGCGUCCUCCUGAAGGGUGACCAUACGCGCUGCAAGACCGUGUUGACCUCGAAGGUUGGGGGCCUCAUGGCCUUUGCACAGAAGAGGAGCACCUGCAUUGGAUGCAAGGCUGUGCUGAAGAAAGAUGGUGCUGUGUGUGACUUCUGUAAGAAGAGAGAGUCAGAAUUAUAUCAAAAGGAGAUUUUUCACUUGAACAUGCUGGAGGAACGUUUCUCUCGCUUGUGGACUCAGUGUCAACGUUGUCAGGGUUCGCUGCACGAGGACGUGCUGUGUACCAGCCGAGAUUGUCCCAUCUUCUACAUGAGAAAGAAGAUACAGAAAGAUCUGGAUGACCAGAGUAAACUGGUGGCUCGUUUUGGAUGGUGACAGCCACACACACUCACUCCCUAUGUGCCUGUUACCAAGAACAAGAUUUUAUACCAUCGCUGACAAGUUCUUUUGUUUGUGCUUGUAUAAAUGCAUAUAUAUGAGACACUUUCUCUUUUGUAAUGGAAAUUAA